GCUCUGGCCUGUAGAGAAAUAUGGAAGAUCGCAGAACCGGCAUGUGUUUACAGAACUACAACAUCGACUGAAGUAGACAAAUGGUGGACCAAAACAGCAGAGCAGAGAAUCGUCCUCAGAGACUCAGCAAUACAACAGCCCAACGGCCAGUCAUUUCUACAGUUGCCGACUAGUUGCUACAAUUAGUAAGCGAGUUGUACCAGGAUCCUGGCAGCGAACAACCCCUGAACAGCUUUGAUGUCACCCCUCUGCGCAAACCCCGCACUCCCCUGGAGACCUUCAAAAAGGUGGGAGUCCCCAUCAUCGCAGCACUGCUGAGCCUGGCGACCAUCAUCAUCAUGGCUGUCCUCACAUAAUACCCUCCAGUUCCAUCCAUGUGGUUGCAAAUGGCAGGAUUUCAUUCUUUCUCAUCGCCAAGUAGUAUUCCAUUGUAUAUAUAAACCUCAUCUUCUUUAUCUGUUCAUCAGCUGAUGGAUCAGUGUCUUCCCUUACAACUCAAGGUGAUUCUGGACAAAUACUACUUCCUGUGCGGGCAGCCUCUCCACUUCAUCUCAAGGAAGCAGGUGUGUGACGGCCAGCAGGACUGUGCCUCAGGGGAGGAUGAGCAGCUCUGUGUCAAGAACUUCCCCGAUGGGUCCCCGGUGACAGUCCGCCUCUCCAGGGACCGAUCCACUCUGCAGGUGCUAGACCCGGCCACAAGAAGCUGGGUCUCUGCCUGUUUCGACAACUUCACAGAAGCUCUGGCCAAGAUAGCCUGUGGGCAGAUGGGCUAUGACAGCAAACCCGCCUUCAAAGCUGUGAGGAUUGGCCCAGACCAAGAUCUGGAUGUUGUUGGAAUCACAGAGAACAGCCAGGAGCUUCAGGUGCGAAACCUAAGUGGGCCCUGUCUCUCAGGCUCCCUGGUCUCCUUGCACUGUCUUGCCUGCGGGGAGAGCCUGAAGUCCCCUCGGGUGGUGGGCGGGGAGGCGGCCUCUGUGGAUUCUUGGCCUUGGCAGGUCAGCAUCCAGUACAACAAACAACACAUCUGUGGAGGGAGCAUCCUGGACCCCCACUGGAUCCUCACCGCAGCCCACUGCUUCAGGAAGCAUCUCGAUGUACCCAACUGGAAGGUGAGGGCUGGCUCAGACAAACUGGGCAACUUCCCAUCCCUGCCUGUGGCCGACAUCUUCGUCAUUGAGCUCAACACCACGUACCCCAAAGAGAAGGACAUUGCCCUCGUGAAGCUGCAGUCCCCGCUCACGUUCUCUGGCACAGUCAGGCCCAUCUGCCUGCCCUUCUUUGAUGAGGAGCUCCCUCCAGCCACCCCACUCUGGGUCAUUGGAUGGGGCUUUACGGAGCAGGAUGGAGGAAAGAUGUCUGACACGUUGCUGCAGGCCUCAGUGCAGCUAAUCGACCACGCUCGGUGCAACGCAGAGGACGCCUACCAGGGGGAGGUGACCGAGAAGAUGCUGUGCGCAGGCAUUCUGGAGGGCGGCGUGGACACCUGCCAGGGUGACAGCGGUGGGCCCCUGAUGUAUCACUCUGACCUGUGGCAAGUGGUGGGCAUCGUGAGCUGGGGCCAUGGCUGUGGGGGUCCAAGUACCCCGGGAGUAUACACCAAGGUCACAAGCUAUCUCGACUGGAUCUACAGCGUCCGGAAGUCUACACUAUGAUGCUUCCGCCCCUCCGUACUGCUGGGAGCUCCUUCCCCCCUGUCCUGCCUCCCUGGGGAUCCCCCAGAAGUCAGACGGAGCAAGAGCCCCCUCGGGCGCACCUCUCUGCCCACAGCCUCAGCAUUUCUUGGUGCAGCAAAGGGCCUCCAUUCCUGUCAGAGACCUCACAGGCCACAGGCCCCCAGAAGAAAGUCAGCAGCCCCAGCCCGGCCACCCCUGGGGCUCCAGGCAUCCCAAGGAGAAAGACUGAACAGGCCAGCCUUCCCGCCAAGGUCUCAGAAGGCAUUGCUAAGCCAAGAAAUUCUCCUCCUCUACUGAACGGAAGUAGGCUCUCUGGUGAGAGCCCAGAUCACCAAGGGCUGGAGCGGAAGGAGGAGAGGUGUGAGCCAGCCCUCCCCUCCUCCACCCCUCCCCAAGCACACUCAGAGCAAGAAACCAAAUGUAACGUAAGAUGCACUGUCCUGCUGUUGACACAACUAACGUUACUGUUGUCAUUGUUAGCCCCGUGGCUGCUGCUAUUCAAAAGGCCUGUGAAGCCUUUGACACAGGCUGACUGGGCUGCGUGGUAAGAACUGAGCGAGGACUACUGCACCCCUACUGCAUCAUCCUUGGGCCUGGGCAGGGAAAGGUCCUGGGGAGCCCAGUGAUUCUCAAAGAAGGAGAAAGGAGACCCGAGACUGGAGCUGCUGAGUGAGGGCAACAAUGAACUUGCGGACUGGGGAAGCCAGGGUGAGCACGGCUCCUUCCCACACAAGGCCGUCUCCCACUGCCCUCCUCCUGUUUCUCCUGCCUGCCCUACCCAGCCAUGGGCCAGAGAUAACACCUAGGAUUUGGGAGGGAGGUAAUUUAGGCAUUCAAGGCUGAAGUCAAUCAUGGCUCCCCCAGUGGCUGCAAAGAGGUACUGCACCUCUGAGUCCUGCCUGGAGAGCCCAGGGCGUGGUUGCUUGCGACCAGAACUCAAAACCCAGAGCCAGGGCUCACAAUCAAAGAUCAGCCAAGAUUUAUCAAAAAGAAAACCCCAUGAGGGACGCCCGGGGGGCUCAAUCGGUCUGCAGCCUAGGUCAAGAUCUCACCGUUCCUCAAGGUCGAGCCCUGCAUCGACCUGUGCUGACAGCUCAGAGCACCUCCCCGAAUGGUGCUCUGUCUCUCUCUCUCAAAAAUACACAU